AUGUAUGUGAAAUGGUUUGAUACAGUAAUGUUAUCCUGUGUGAUUUUAGUGAUUUUAGUGAAUGUCACUUUUUGUCAUUUUCAAAUUUCCCACCAGUUCCGUCCCCUGUACGUCCCGACGCUCGCAGGGGACGGAACCCAGAUGACAGAUGCCAGUAUCCGGUGGAGGACAUUGCCAGGGACACUGCAGGAGGGACAUCGCAGGAGCGCAGGACAAGGUAAGUGAUCGAGGGAUCCCGGAGCAGCGCCGCAUAGUAAGCCCAACUGUAGCUCGGGGUUACCACUUGUGCUACACUCGGGAAUACCGCCAAGAAGGCUA